CAGCAAUCAGCUUGGUUGACUAGAUUUUUCUUGUUAAACAUUUUAAUUUUUUUUUUAUAAUUAUUUCCCACAGUUAUUAUUUACACUGCAGAACCAUGUCCAAGGGACCAAAUGAACUCUUCAAAGCAAAAGACAUGAAUUAUGCACGUUUUAUCAAUGCAUUGAGCGCUUCCAGAAGAGACUCUCCCAUAAGAACACUAACUGACAUUAUGCUAAGCUCCCCACCAUCUGUGAUAUCGCUUGCUGGAGGAGUUCCCAAUCCAGAUACUUUCCCAUUCAAAUCAGCCAGAAUUACUCUAAGUGAUGGAACAGAGAUUGACAUUGGGUCAGCCUUGAUGAAGAGAGCUCUCCAGUAUUCAGCAACAUCUGGAGUUCCUGAAUUAAUUGUUUGGUUAAAAGAUCUACAGAAAAAGUUGCAUAACCCACCAACAAUGGCUUACAGUCCUGACAAAGGAAAAAUGGAGAUUUGUGUAACCACUGGCAGCCAGGAAGGACUCUCUAAAGUAUUUGAAAUGCUUGUAAGCCCCGGGGACAAUGUUCUUUUGGAUGCACCAACCUAUGCAGGAACAAUUGCAGCGCUUAAACCAUUGGGCUGCAACCUCAUUGGUGUUCCGACUGACAAACAUGGCAUGAUACCUCAAGCGCUUAAAGAUAUUCUUUCAAAAUGGAGGCCGGAAGAUGCAGCCACACCAGACAAGAAGAAUCCCAAGUUCCUAUACACAAUUCCAAAUGGUUGUAACCCAACAGGAGCCACACUGACCACUGAACGUAAAAUUGAAAUUUACCAGCUCGCCCAGGAAUAUGAUCUAAUUAUUAUUGAGGAUGAUCCAUAUUACUUUCUUCAGUUUAACAAGGAUCGGGCUCCUUCUUUCCUUUCAAUGGAUAUUGAUGGUCGGGUUAUCAGAGCUGACUCCAUGUCAAAAACCCUGUCUUCUGGACUAAGGAUUGGCUAUUUAUCAGGUCCAAAACCACUUAUUGAUAGAAUAUUUGUGCACAUGCAAGCCUCAACGUUGCACACCAGCACUUUCUCUCAGAUUUUGAUAUUAGAGUUGCUUAAUAAAUGGGGAGUAGAAGGCUUCAUGGAGCACAUUGAAGGCGUAAUAAAGUUCUAUAGGACUCAACGUGAUGCAAUGCUUGCUUCUGCAGAUAAAUGGUUAACAGGGUUAGCAGAAUGGCACAGCCCUUCAGCAGGCAUGUUCUUGUGGAUUAAGAUCAAAGAUGUGGCAGAUACUUAUAAAAUGAUCAUGCAGAAAGCAGUUAGUAAAGAGAUUCUUCUGGUUCCUGGAUCAGCAUUUAAUUUAGACAGCGCAGUUUCAAGUUCGUAUGUGAGAGCCUCUUUCUCGCUGUCCUCUCCGGAGCAGAUGGAUGAAGGUUUGAAGAGAUUGGCAUCCAUCAUUAUUGAAGAAAGAAACGCAAGAGGCUAAAUCUGCAAUCAGGACGCAGUCAAGUCGUAGAGGGAUAUUGUUGUCACACUACAAAAUGUUUGUUCUUCCUAAACAAAAUCUAUCUUGGGGAAAACAUUUUUUACUUCACUUUAAAAAAAAAUAAGUCUGUUAUUAUAUAAUAUCAGUAUCAGUAUAAGUUAAUAGAAUGUACAAUAAAUAAACCUCAUUGCAGUGUACUACAAUAUUGGGAGAUCUACAAAGUCACCAAGUGGAGUUGCUGGAUGCAUCACUUAAAAACCUUAUUGAAUAAGCUCUAGGAAUUUUUAAUUCUUUUAAAUAAACUUGUGACAGACAACCCCUUUUUAUCUGUAACGUUUAGGACUAAUAUUUAAGUGAUACAGCUGAAACAUGUGCUCAUAAUAAUAAAUAUAAAAAACAAAUUGUUAAA